AUGAAAAUGAAAAGGCUGCCCAAACAGUUUCAUCACCCGCGGCUACUGCCAGUGCUUAUGUUGGUUCUGGUCUUUUCCUUGUGUCUUUCUUCGCUUUUUGGGUCAUUUGAAAACAGCACUUUCCAUCUAAACCAUUGGCAUUGUCGUCUUCACAAUCGUUCGCAGCCACAACCGGCAGCUACCCUUUUGCUGCCAACCACCUCCAAUUUAUUACACUCAAAAUGGGAAAGUGGGCCCUAUCACAACUGGAAGCUUUUUGCUGCAGAUUUUGAAGAAAUGAAGCAACAGUUGAAGAUCUUUGUUUAUUCUGAUGUCUCCAACAAGAGCAGUCCUUUUGCAAAUAUUUUCCUUCCCAUUGAAAACCCUUUCCACCACCCUAAAUUGGGUAAUUACUUUAGUGAACACAUUUUCAAGGUGGCCCUUCUUCGAAGUUCCCUGGUUACUCUUGACCCUGCAAAAGCCCUCUUCUUUUUUCUCCCCUUCUCCAUCAACAACCUUAGGAAUGACCCCCGCUUCCAUUCCGAGGAAUCCAUAUCAGAAUUUGUCGCCCACUACACCACCACCAUCAGCCAGCGCUUCAGUUACUGGAAUGCCUCUGCAGGUGCUGAUCACUUCUAUGUCUGCUGUCAUUCAGUAGGGCGGCAGGCGGCCUCCAGGCAUCCUGCUUUGCACAAUAAUGCCAUUCAGCUCACUUGUUCUUCCAGCUACUUCCAACGCUUUUUUGUUUCCCACAAAGAUGUGGGGCUUCCCCAAGUCUGGCCUCGCCCUCCUCAGACCGCCUUGAACCCUCCACAUGCCAGGCAUAGACUUGUCUACUUUGCUGGACGUGUUCAAAAUUCUCAAGUUCGUCGGGAGCUCGUAAAUUUAUGGGGUAAUGAUACUGAAAUGGACAUAAUCAAUGGGAGUCCAUCUUUCCCUUACGAGGAAGGUUUUAAGAGGAGUAAAUAUUGUCUCCAUGUUAAAGGUUAUGAAGUCAACACUGCCAGGGUCAGUGAUUCUAUACAUUAUGGUUGUAUUCCUGUUAUAAUAUCCAAUUACUAUGACCUUCCAUUCGCUACUGUCUUGGACUGGAGCAAGUUUUCAGUCGUCAUUAACCAAGCAGAUAUCCCCUUCUUGAAAACAACACUGCUGGCUAUAACACGAAAAACAUACAUCACCAUGUUCCAAAAUCUCUGCAGAGUGAGAAGACAUUUCGAAUGGCAUACUACACCAAAGGGCUAUGAUUCCUUUUACAUGACUGCUUACCAGUUAUGGCUAAGAAGAAGCAUCCAUCGCUUAUCCUAUUAAAUGUAUGGAUCUCUUGAAGUAGGAGUUCUCAUUCUCCAGUUACUUACUUGUAUCGGGAUAACUCAUCUUCGUGUACGCAGUUUUAUGUGAUGUUUCUGUUUGAGCA